UUUCAGAAACAGACGUUUUAGGAAAUUAUUUUCCUUUAUGUUAUUCAGUCUAUUUUUCUCCCACCUUAUUUCCUUGGUUUAUUGAUGUGAGUCGACGGCGUGUAAUGUAGUGGACAUUGCUUUUAAUAACACUGCUGGUAAUAUAUUCAAACAUUUACCAUUUUUUUUACCUGAAAAAGUCUUUGAAAAGUAGUUGUGAUUCAUAAGCGCGAGUUAGACACGUUGAAACUACCGCAUCGCUUCACUAUGACUGACAAGCAGCCAUAUGACUCCCAGAGCUCCUGGAAAUGUCGCCUAAACAUAAACUCCACUUAAUUCAGCUUCUCGCUUGGUUUCUUCGAUGUGUCUAAAAGUCAUAUCUUAGUUUGGUGUUGGCCAAAGUCACCGAGCUUGAGCAGAAGUUUCUGGCUUUAGAGCAAAACACGACAGGAGAAGAAAGAACCGAGUAAACAACAAGCUAAAGGAGAACAUUGACUAAUAACUUGCGUUAAUCUAUGUAUCCCACUGUAGGAGCUUUGGACCUUUGGUCCGGAGCCUUCAGGGAGAUGUGUUUAACUCCAGGAGGCAAGGUUCGGUUCGGAGUCAGCCUGAGAAAUGGAGGCAGGCAUGGGGCCCCAGGCUCAGGAGGAAAGCUGUGUUUACCCGAACCUGGGUCCAUUCACCAGUGAGAUCAAAGCCAAGGUGAAGCAGUUUGUGGAGGAACGGACAGAACCCAGUUUGUGGAUCUUUGUGCUAGUUGGAGCUGUGACGACUGUCUCUGUCCUUGGAGUUGUUGUGCUACUUCUGUACAGAAGAUACAAAAAAUCAAAGGAAGAGGCCGGUGUUCCUCACUAUCGCUUCAGAAAGAGGGACAAGGUGAUGUUCUACGGCCGAAAGAUCAUGAGAAAGGUUCAGACGUUGUCCACAACACCUGCAUUCAAUUCAAAUUCAGCCUCACGACAGAGAGGAAGAAAGAGGACCAAAGUUCUGUCCAUAGCUCGAAAGAUUUUGCGUAUCCGAAAGGAACCACCCACCCUGCAGCCCAAAGAACCUCCUCCCUGUCUGCUUGAAGCUGACCUCACUGAGUUUGAUGUGCAGAACUCCCACCUGCCCUCGGAGGUGCUGUACAUGCUAAAGAACGUCAGGGUGCUAGGACACUUUGAGAAGCCCCUCUUCUUGGAGCUCUGUCGCCACAUGGUGCUGAUCCAGCUGCACCAGGGAGAGGGACUAUUCCGACCUGGUGACACUGAUGACAGCAUUUAUGUUGUUCAAGAUGGACGGCUGGAGCUUUGCAUCCAUGAAAAUGAUGGUACAGAUGCUGUUGUAAAGGAUGUCCUACCAGGAGACAGUGUCCACAGUCUGCUCAGUAUCCUGGACAUUAUCACUGGCUACCCAGCUCCUUAUAAAACAGUGUCUGCAAGGGCUGCAGUUACCUCCACUGUCCUGCGUCUUCCAGCAGUGGCAUUUCAGUCAGUCUUUGAAAAGUAUCCAGAGACUUUGGUCCGCGUCAUCCAGAUUAUUAUGGUGCGUCUCCAGAGAGUGACCUUCCUUGCCUUACACAACUACCUCGGCCUCACCACGGAGCUUUUCAACCCGGAAAGUCAAGCUAUCUCUCUGGUGUCCGUGGCAAAUGUUCUGGGUGAGCCUCAUCCACACAAAGGGUUUCGCAGGCAACCAUCCCACUCUGAAGACACAGGCUCUGAAAAAGCUGAUACAGAAAAGUUCAGCCACUCUGACAUAUCUACAGAUAAAUACAAGAAAUCCUAUUCCCUGUUGUGCCCAAGUUCUGGUUCAGGUGACGUACCUGCAGAGGUUCACAGAGUGUUUGAACAGACUCUGUCUGCCAAAGAAGAGGCGGUGACCCAAGGCUCUGUUAAGUCUAUUCUGAAGAAGAGCGUGACAAUGCAGCACACUCCAUCUGCUGUUUAUCAUUACUGUGAGCCUGGAGGAGGAAGCGUCCACCAUAACAAAGUCAACGCCAUCUUCCAAGCUGCUAAAAAGGAUCUGCUGCAGGUCAUCCAGCUACAGGACCCCGGUCUGUUGGAGGGAAGGGUGACCCUUCGCCAGGUCAAAGCUGGAUCUGUUGUAGCCUACCAAGGAGAUCAGGACGUGAGCAUAGCGUUCGUCAUCUCAGGGCUGCUUCAUGUCUGCCAGCGUAUGAUAGACCGCGAGGAAGAGUGCCUGCUGUUUGUCACCCACCCGGGAGAGAUGGUGGGUCACCUGGCUGUCCUUACAGGGGAACCCCUCAUCUUCACUGUGCGAGCCCACCGAGACUGCACCUUCCUCUCUGUAUCCAAGGCCCACUUCUAUGAGAUAAUGCGUGAAGAGCCCAGGGUGGUGCUAAAUGUUGCUCACACUGUGGUGAGGAGGAUGUCAUCGUUUGUCAGGCAGAUUGAUUUUGCCCUGGACUGGGUGGCUGUGGAGGCUGGCCGUGCUGUGUACAGACAAGGAGACAAGUCAGAUAGCACCUUCAUCGUCCUCAGCGGUCGUCUGCGCUCUGUCAUUGCAAAGGAUAAUGGGAAAAAAGAGUUGGCUGGGGAGUAUGGCCGUGGGGAUCUGAUUGGUGUGGUGGAGGCCCUGACACAUCUGAACCGAGCCACUACGGUCCACGCCAUCAGGGACUCUGAGCUGGCCAAGAUGCCAGAAGAAGCUCUGAACUCCAUCAAGAGGAGGUAUCCUCAGGUGGUCACCAGGCUGAUCCAUGUGUUGGGACAGAAGAUUCUGGGCAACAUGCAGCAGGUCAACGGACCUCUGACUGGUCGUGGUCUGGCCCUUCAUACACCCACCAGUAAGUGGGAUGCUGGGAAUCCAGCCUCUAAUUUGUCCACUGUGACCAUCCUGCCCGUGUCUGAGGAGGUUCCCCUCACCACCUUCACUUUAGAGCUCCAGCAUGCUCUGAGUGGCAUCGGCCCUACCUUACUGCUGACGAGUGACAUCAUCAAACAGAGAUUGGGCUGUGCUGCGCUGGACAGUGUGCACGCGUACCGUCUGUCCAGCUGGCUCGGCCAGCAGGAAGACAUCCACCGUAUAGUCCUCUACCAGUCCGACUCCAGCCUCACACCCUGGACCCAACGUUGCAUCCGCCAGGCUGACUGCAUCAUCAUUGUGGGGCUGGGUGAACAGGAGCCCACUGUGGGUGAGUUGGAGCGAAUGUUGGAGAGCAGUUCUGUGCGGGCUCAAAAGCAGCUGGUGUUGCUGCACAGGGAGGAUGGCCCGCCUCCCAGCGGGACCACGGAGUGGCUGAACAUGAGGAGCUGGAUCUCCAAACACCAUCACCUGUCCUGCCCCCGCCGCGUGUUCUCCAGGAGGAGUUUACCAAAGCUGAGAGAGCUGUACCAGCGUGUGUUUGAAAAAUGUCCAGAUCGUCACUCUGACUUCUCUCGCCUGGCCCGGAUUCUGACUGGAAACAGCAUAGCCUUGGUUCUGGGUGGAGGGGGCGCCAGAGGCUGCUCUCAGAUCGGCAUUCUGCGGGCGCUGAAUGAAGCAGGAAUCCCUGUGGAUGUGGUGGGCGGUACCUCUAUUGGCUCCUUCAUGGGAGCUCUGUAUGCUGAGGAAAAGAGCAGCAGUCGGAUGAGGGUCCGGGCUCGGGAGUGGGCCAUGGGUAUGACGUCUUACUUUAAGAAGAUUUUGGAUCUUACCUACCCUGUUACCUCCAUGUUUUCUGGAGCCUCCUUUAACUACAGUAUUAGCUCUGUCUUCAAGGACAAACAGAUUGAGGACCUAUGGUUACCAUACUUCACCAUAACAACAGAUAUCACCGCUUCCUCCAUGAGAGUUCACACUGAUGGUUCACUUUGGCGUUAUGUCCGUGCCAGUAUGUCACUGUCUGGUUACCUGCCGCCUCUCUGUGAUCCCAAAGAUGGACACUUACUCAUGGAUGGAGGGUACAUUAACAACCUUCCUGCUGAUGUGGCUCGCUCCAUGGGUGCCAAGGUUGUCAUUGCCAUUGAUGUUGGAAGCCGGAAUGAAACCAGUCUGACCAACUAUGGCGACAGUCUGAGCGGCUGGUGGCUGCUGUGGAAAAGAUUAAACCCACUAGCUGAAAAAGUCAAGGUUCUGAACAUGGCCGAAAUCCAAACACGACUCGCCUAUGUCUGCUGUGUGAGGCAGCUGGAGGUGGUCAAACACAGCGAUUACUGCGAGUACAUCCGGCCGCCCAUCGAUCGUUAUGGCACGCUCGAUUUUGGCAAAUUCGAUGAGAUUGCUGAGGUGGGAUACCAGCAUGGAAAGACUCUGUUUGACGUGUGGCACCGCAGCGGAGUGGUGGACAGCAUGCUGAAGGACAGACAUCAGGAGGAGUUUCAUAAAACUAAAACUGGACAUGUGGUCACAUGUCCAAACGCCUCCUUCACUGACCUGGCAGAGAUUGUGUCAAGAAUUGAACCUGUGAAGAAUGCUUUGAUAGAUGAAGAGCUAUCUGAUGAGUACCAGACAGACUAUGAUGAGGAGGCAGUAGAAAGUGCUUUAUCUGACUUUGAGGCAUUCACUCCUGCCGGUGAACACACAGACGAAGAGGAGACUGCUGAAACUGAUGAAGAAAUUCCUGUCCAAGUUAGACAACGGCUAACGAAUGCUCAUCUGUGACCUCCAUCGCAGCUCACUUGAUCUGGCUGGACUGCAGCUGAUUGGGAACCACAGAGAAACACAUUUCAGAGCAGUUUUCACUCACUUCCAGGGAGAAAUCAAGUAGUCUCCUAAUUGUGGGCCUCAGCAGGACAGGACUACUUCAACUGGGAAGUAUAUGGCGGAGUGGUUGAUGAUUUAAUUCCAAGCUCCUCCAUGUGUCCUUGGCUAAAACACUGAACCUCAUACUGACACUGAUACUAUAA